AUGAGAGCAUCGCUAACGUCGUCGCUUCCCCUCUCUAGACACCUCCAUCACUACAGCGAUGGAAUCCAUCGCUCUUCCCUAUUUCCACCUCGUUGCUUUCGCUUCCUCCCCCGCUCACUCCCUAUGUUCCAUAAUUUCAAGUCGCUACCCAAAAUGUCCCCAAAAUCACCAAACCGCCCUGUUUUCGCUGUCAGAAACUCGAGUUCAAUCACCGCCAAGCCCUCCUCUGAGUUUAGAAAGAAGCACAAUGACUCAGACCAAGACGAGAAACUUCGGGCUCUCCGCGAUCUCUUCUCGAAACCCGGAAUCGGCAUUGACGCCUAUGUCAUUCCUUCCCAGGACGCUCAUCAGAGUGAGUUCAUUGCUGAAUGUUAUAUGAGGAGAGCCUUUAUAUCAGGUUUUACUGGUAGUGCUGGCACUGCUGUUGUCACGAAAGAUAAAGCAGCUCUUUGGACAGACGGGCGAUAUUUUCUCCAGGCAGAGAAGCAGUUGAGCUCUAGCUGGAUUCUCAUGCGAGCAGGUAAUUUGGGGGUGCCUACCACCAGUGAAUGGCUAAAUGAUGUUUUGGCUCCUGGUUGCCGAAUUGGCAUUGAUCCUUUUCUUUUUUCUUCUGAUGCUGCAGAAGAAUUAAAGGAGGCCAUAUCUAAAAGGAAUCACGAGUUGGUCUACUUAACGGAUUUUAAUCUCGUGGAUCAAGUAUGGAAAGAAUCAAGGCCGAAGCCUCCAAGCAAACCAAUUAGAGUGCAUGAUGUAAAGUAUGCUGGUUUAGACGUGUCAUCAAAACUGUCUUCCCUGAGGUCAGAACUGAUUGAUGCUGGCUCGGCGGGAAUUGUUGUCUCUAUGCUUGAUGAAGUUGCCUGGCUGUUGAACUUGCGUGGUAAUGAUGUUCCACAUUCACCUGUCAUGUAUGCAUACUUAAUCGUGGAAAUUGAUGAAGCAAAAUUGUUUGUUGAUAAUUCUAAAGUCACCCCAAAAGUGAUGGAUUACUUGAAGAAUGCAGGGAUUGAGUUGAGACCAUAUGAAUCCAUUCUUUCAGAAAUCGAAAGACUGGCAGCACAAGGGGCACAACUUUGGCUGGAUACCGCAUCUGUUAAUGCUGCUAUUGUACACACCUAUAGAUCUACCUGUGAUAAGUAUUUCCAGAGCCUUGGGAAUAAACACAAAAAAAUGGACCUGACGAAUCAUGACUCUGGUAGUCGAUCUGGGGGAACCACUGCAGUUUACCGGACUUCUCCUAUUUCUAUGGCUAAGGCGGUGAAAAAUCAUGCUGAAUAUGAAGGGAUGCGUAAUUCACAUCUAAGGGAUGCAGCUGCUCUUGCACAAUUUUGGGCCUGGCUGGAAGAGGAAAUCCAGAAGGAUGUGGUUUUGACAGAGGUGGAAGUUGCAGACAAACUUCUUGAUUUCCGUUCAAAGCAAGCCGGCUUUCUUGAUACAAGCUUUGACACUAUAUGUGGUUCUGGUGCAAAUGGUGCUAUAAUCCAUUACAAACCAGAGCCGGAUUGUUGUAGCAUUGUGGACUCCGAGAAACUCUUCCUAUUGGAUAGCGGGGCUCAGUAUAUUGAUGGAACAACGGACGUGACGAGGACAGUACACUUUGGUGAACCUUCUGCACGACAGAAAGAAUGUUUCACCCGAGUUCUACAGGCUACUAGGCAAAGUCCUUUGGUGCCGACAAAUGGAGAUAACCUGAAAGGAGCAGGAGCAGCCAUAGAAAAAAUAAGUCCCAACCCGCAAAUAUCAAGCAGCAGCAAGAAGCAACUGUCCAAACCCAACAAAAAGACAACCACAAAUAAAGAGAAACAAAUUCCCUGCAAACCACACAAGAAUAUCAACCAAGUGAAUAUAUUUUACCGCAAUUUUUGGCUGAAGAAAAGAAUUAAAACCAUUCAACAUGCAACUUGGAAACUUACAGUAAAGUUCUUAGAUUGGAUGUAG